AUGGGCGCCGGGAGCAGCCGCGCGGACGCCCCGUCGAGGCGCCGGGCACGCCUCAGCCUCGGCAGGUGCUUCGGGGCCGGAUCCUCCUCCUCCUCCUCCGCCGCCGCCGCGCACGACGGCGGGAGCUUCACCGCGGCUGGGCCCUCCUCCUCGCGCGCCAUCGAGGUACAAUCAGGGCGACCAGUGAGUGCCCUGAAUUUUCAGGCUUCUCUAGCUGCUAAGGAUCUCCAGAUUUCCAGAAAGCUGUCCAUGGUUAGGGGAAGUCUCAGUAAUGAAGCUGUUAGCAGUGAUGUAUCAGGAGAAGGAAUAAGUUUUAUAGGAUCAGAGCUGGAAAAUGUUCCUAGCACAGUCUCCACUAAUGAAAUUGGUGGCUCAACUUCUGAAUCUGGUUUGGGCCCCUCGUUGAUGACAUCUGAAAGGAUCAUGUCUGACUUAGAAGGAGAGAUAUCUCCACAAGGGAUCUCAUCCACAACUGUCAUGACAAGUGAAAGAUCUGAUGUAUCUCAAUCUAGCUUAACAUCUAUGUUUCCAAACUCUUCAACUUCAUCAUCUGCGACUGUGGAACCAAUGCCAGAUCCGAUCCCUACCAGAGCAGAUGUCCCCAUAUUCAGUGGGCCACAUGGUGAGACUGGAGGGAGUAUAUUACAUGAUGACAUGAUGAGCAUUUUCUCAAACGACGGUCUAGGACGCUCUAGAGAUUCUAGCAGCAGUGAAACAAGGAGGAGUCACAGAAGGAUUCUAUGGGAUGCAUUUUCCAGGCACGGCUCAAGAGGUUAUCCAGAAUCUGAUGCUGAUGACCUUGGAUUUUACAGUACAUGGCUAGACCUUGGUGAUGACAUUUUUGAAGAGUUGGGGGAAUCAAGAUAUUUUCAUCGCAGGCGACAUGGUUCAAUCAGAGUAAGCCAGUAUUCAAGAUCCCGGAUUAGGGAGCAUCGCCGUGCUGUUUUUGAUAGUGGUAAUGAACAAAGCACUGCGGCAUGUCCUUUGGGGAUUCAUCCAAUUGGCCGAUGCACCUGUGAUUCUUUCUUGAUUGCUGAAGAAUCUAGUACCCGAGCAAGUAUAUCAAGAAUUGUCAUGUUAACUGAGGCGUUAUUUGAGGUGUUGGAUGAAAUUCACCGUCAACCUGCAUCACUUUCACUUUCCAUGGUCUCUGUUCAGGCUCCUGAAUCUGUGGUUAAUUCGUUGCCAUGUAAGAGCUACAAAAAGCUUGAGACACCCCAAUGCAGUGAUGAUAUGGAACAGUGCCAUAUCUGCCUAACUGAAUAUGAGGACGGGGACCAGAUAAGAACUCUUCCUUGCAAGCACGAGUUCCACCUGCAAUGUGUUGACAAAUGGCUGAAAGAAAUACACAGGGUAUGCCCUCUGUGCCGUGGAGACGUCUGCGAAGUCGCCUCGUGA